AGCCAGCCUUGAAAACGGCAGGCCCUCCCCACUCCCUCCUCAUUCAAAGUCAAAGACAGAGCGUGCCAGGAGUGAGACAGCUCUCUCCCCCCUCACACACCUAUCGGCCAAGUGUUAUCAGACAGACAGUUCAGAGAGCACCAUGCCACGAGGUACAGGUCUGUGGCUGCUCUCGGCAGUGGCCUGCCUGAGUGUCCUGCGUGGGGAGUCCUACACAAGAUUUGAUGACAGCAAUUCAUCUGUUACACUUCCAAACUGGAAGACAAGUGCAGAAUAUAUAACAAAAUGUGAUUUCAAUGACAACCUCACACCACUUUGUGGCUGGACUUCAGCAGGGCUGUUACGAGCACCAACCGGAGAUGGGGAGUACCACCUCACUCUGGAUGACUCUGUGACGAGCCUCUCUGGAUAUGGCCGAUUGGAGAGCGACCUCUUCAACACGUCCGAGGAGUCGUGCCUGGAGUUCUGGUACCAUGUUCCAGCCAGCCACAACAGCACAGAGCUGAGGGUCCUCCUGAGAGAUGGAGAGACCGAGGCGGGGGAAACACAGCUGUGGAGCUCACCCAACACAGAGGACACCAAUGCCUGGAGACAAGUUUUCAUUCCACUGGGGCUCUCAGGAGAGAUGGGCAUGCAGAUGGUAUUUGAGAUGGCCCAAGGUCUUCUCGAUGAUGGGGAAGUCGUCAUUGAUAAUGUUGGAAUCAUGAAAGGACAGUGUGGGGAGCAGUGUCAGGAUGGCAGUGAGUUCUGGACAGACGACUCCACUCGUUGUGUAUGCAGCGGUGGCCGUCUCUCCUGUUCCCCGGCCACCUGCCCAGAGGGACGUACCUGCGUCCAGUCGGCCUCCACCAGUAGCCCCGAACCCUCCGGCACCUGCAUUGCCCACAGCGAGCCCCGCUACAGCACGUUCGACGGGGUUAACUUUCGCUUUGUGGGCCCCUGCACCUAUGUCCUGGCCAAGACUUGUGACGAGAAAGCAACAGCAAGACCACUAGCCUUCAGUGUGGAGGUGAAGAAUGAGCAGCGUGGGAACUCGUCCGUCUCGUCCGUCCAGCAGGUGAACGUGGACCUAAGGGGCCUCCACGUGUCCAUGCUGAGGAGAGAAUUUAACAGAGUCAUGGUAAACGGCAUCUGGAGGAGUCUUCCCUUGAGCCUGAGCGGGGGGACCACCACGAUCGAGAGAAAAGGAGCCGCCGUGGUCCUGGAGACAGACUUCAUGUUACACGUGUCCUACCACGCCACCGGGGAGGUGCGGGUGACGGUGCCCGGACAGUACUCCAACAAUCUCUGCGGCAUGUGUGGCAACUUCAACCACAUCAAAGAGGACGACUUCAGACGGCCGGACGGCUUCCUGGCACCUCACGCCCACGUCCUGGGCCAGAGCUGGCAGAGCAAAGCUACCUGGUGCGAGGCCCCGUCCCUGCCCAGCACGUGCCAGGGACAGGAUGAGCUGGUGUACGCCGGGGAGCCCUACUGUGGCGCCAUCCUGGCAGCCGAGGGCCCGUUCGCCGCCUGUUCCGGAGCCCUUAGCGCAGAGAGCUUCUUUGCCAGCUGCGUGCUGGACAUGUGCACCACCCACGGAGACCUGGAGACCCUGUGCGACCUGCUGAACGCUUACGCCAACACCUGCCGCCAGGCGGGCAUCGCAGUGCCCAUGUGGAGAAACGCUACUUUCUGCCCUCUGGUCUGUGGAGAGAAUAGCCACUAUAACGCCUGUGGCAGUGGCUGCCCUGAGGUCUGCUCCAGCAUGGACUCCACAGAGGCCUGCGGAGGGGUGUGUGAGGAGAGGUGCGAGUGUGACCCCGGCUUCAUGCUGAGCGCAGGGAGGUGUGUGCACGCCCAGGACUGCGGCUGUUGGGUGAACGGGGAACACUACGAGAAAGGUAUGACGUUCAUGAUGGAACAGUGUGACAGGCUUUGCCAGUGCGAGGGCCAGAACAGCGUGCAGUGCUCCACCUCUUCCUGCUCCACCGACGAGGUCUGUAAGGUCAGGGACGGGGUCAUGGGCUGUGAACGCUCUGGGCACAUGACCUGUUAUGUCUACGGUGACCCCCAUUACAUCACCUUCGAUGGCAAGGCCUACAACUUCCAGGGUGGCUGCAACUACACAUUGGCCAAGACGUGUGGCCCCACGGCCGUCCAGUUCACCGUGACAACCCGCAACGAGAACGGGGGACGUCCCACCUGGACGGCGCUGAACUCUGUGGCUCUGGAGGUGGAUGGCCUGCAUAUCGCCAUGAGGACAGACAAAACAGUCUAUGUAAAUGGAGCUGAGGUUUCCCUACCCGUGGAGCCUAGCGCUGCCAUCAGAGUCUUCCUCAAUGGUUCCUACAUCCACCUGGACACCACCUUUGGACUAUCUCUCCUCUUCGACGGAGAGCACCGUCUCUUCGUCAAGGUGGACGAACGCUACAGGGGGGAGAUGUGUGGUCUGUGUGGCACGUUCUCUGGCAACCAGUUUGACGAUUUUGUGACUCCCGAUGGGGAGCUUCUCGGCAUGCCCGACCCGUUUGCAGACAGCUGGAAGGUGGUCGACAGCAACUGGACCUGCCCAGACUUGGUCCCGAAGCCAGUGUGCCUCCCCGAGCACCAGCAGCAGGGUUUCCAGGAGUGUCGUAAGCUGUAUGAUGAUGCCUUCAUGGACUGCCACAUGGCCGUGCCCCCACAGAUCUACGUAGAUAGCUGUGUGUACGAUUACUGCUCCACUGCUGGAGACCGGGAGAAGCUCUGUGCCUCACUGGAGUCCUAUGUGGCAGCUUGUGAGAUAAACGGAGUGGACCUGGGCGACUGGAGGAAAGACACCGUCUGUGUCAUACCAACUACAACAGUUCCAACCACACCAUCUGCAGCUUUUUGUCCAAUAGACUGUAAUUUUGACACUGAUGACUGUGGAUGGGAACAGCUUGUGCAGGACAGUUUCGAUUGGACCAGACGGUCAGGCUCCACCCCUUCUGACCUCAGUGGACCAUCCAGUGACCACACAACAGGAAGUGGCUCCUACAUGUACAUGGAGGGAGACAGUGCAGUCUAUGGAGACUCAGCCCGCAUGAUGAGCCCGGCGUGCCCUGUGCCGGGCACUCACUGCCUGCGCUUCUGGUACCACAUGUACGGCGAGUCCGCCAUGGCGUUCAACAUCUACCAGCUGGUUGACAACAGGGCCACGAAGAUCUGGUCCAAGUACAACAACCAGGGCGACUCCUGGCAAGAGGCGAAGGUGGAGAUGAAGGUGUCGGGGCCAUUUAAGAUCAUUCUGGAAGGAAUCAGAGGUUCCUCUGUGAGGUCUGAUGUGGCGCUGGAUGAUGUCACUAUAAGAUAUGGAGGAUGUGGAGGUUUAUCUAACACAGGCGUAGACCCUACUACACUGCCUCCUGUGACAAAUGGAGACUCAGGAAAUCCCCACCCAGUUUGUGACCUCGCCUGUAAUUUCGACAAUAGCCUCUGUUCAUGGAACCAGCUCCUGACCGACAGCUUUGAUUGGACAUGGCAGAGUGGCUCCACCCCUACUUUGAUGACUGGCCCCUCCUCUGACCACACCAGUGGAAGUGGCCACUACCUGUAUGUCGAAGGAGACGGAGUGCAUAACGGAGACACGGGUCGCAUCCUGAGCGGAGAAUGUUCUGAUCCAGGUCCCCAGUGUCUUCAGUUCUGGUAUCACAUGUACGGCACAGCGGACACCAUGGGCCUGAGCGUGUACCUGCUGGAGGGCCAGCUGGCACAGGGAGUUUGGACCAAGAGGAACAACCAGGGAGACGAGUGGCAUAAAGCGGAGAUUGACCUGAUGACUUCGGGCCCAUUUAAGGUCAUUUUCGAGGGACGCAGAGGAACAACUGAACUCUCUGAUGUGGCCGUGGAUGAUAUCUCCCUUUAUCGUGGCUCUUGUGCAGACUUGGUGAAACCAGAAACCCCUUCUCCCACUUCAAGUGAAAAUGUUUCGGCAACUACAGUUCCUACUGUCAACCUAGAAACAUCACCACCUCCUCCAGUUAAUCCAGAGACACCCACCCCUCCACCUGUAAACCCAGACACACCAGGACCUCCUCCAAUCAAUCCUGAGACACCAGCACCUCCUCCCGUCAAUCCUGAGACUCCAGCACCUCCUCCAGUUAAUCCUGAAACAUCUGCUCCUCCACCUGUUAAUCCAGAAACGCCAGCACCUCCUCCAGUUAAUCCAGAAACACCAGCACCUCCUCCAGUCAAUCCAGAGACACCAGCACCUCCUCCAGUAAACCCAGAGACACCAGCACCUCCUCCCGUCAAUCCUGAGACUCCAGCACCUCCUCCAGUAAACCCAGAGACACCAGCACCUCCUCCAGUUAAUCCUGAAACAUCUGCACCUCCUCCAGUUCAUCCAGAAACGCCAGCACCUCCUCCAGUUAAUCCAGAAACACCUGCUCCUCCACCUGUCAAUCCGGAAACAUCAGCACCUCCUCCAAUCAAUCCAGGAACGCCAGCACCUCCUCCCGUCAAUCCUGAGACUCCAGCACCUCCUCCAGUAAACCCAGAGACACCAGCACCUCCUCCAGUUAAUCCUGAAACAUCUGCACCUCCUCCAGUUCAUCCAGAAACGCCAGCACCUCCUCCAAUCAAUCCAGAGACACCAGCACCUCCUCCAGUUAAUCCAGAAACACCAGCGCCUCCUCCCAUCAAUCCAGGAACACCAGCACCUCCUCCAAUCAAUCCAGAGACACCAGCACCUCCUCCAGUAAACCCAGACACACCAGCUCCUCCUCCUGUUAAUCCAGAAACACCAGCGCCUCCUCCAGUUAAUCCAGACACACCAGCACCUCCUCCAGUUAAUCCAGAAACACCAGCACCUCCUCCAGUUAAUCCAGAGACACCAGCUCCGCCAACAGCCAAACCCACUACAUCUGCACCAACCACUCCACAGCCUACCCCAUCCUGUCCAAAGAACAGUCAUUACACUGACUGCAUACCUGCCUGCCAGCCCACCUGUAAGCACCUGCAUGGCUCUCCCCGCUGUGACACUAAUGAGCCCUGUGUGGAGGGCUGUAUGUGCAACGACGGCUUUGUGCUGAAGGACAGAGCGUGUGUGCCCAUCCGAAAGUGCGGCUGCCAGGACAACAAAGGACAGAACCAUUAUUUUGAUGAAGUCUGGUACACAGAUCACUGUGCGCAGAAGUGUGAGUGUGAGGAAGAUGAUGGUGAAGGACACAUUGAGUGUGACGAUGAUGAGUGUGACGGAGAUGACAUCUGCUAUAUGGAUGGAGAGGGAGAGUACACAUGCAAGUCCACAGACUUCAGCGAGUGCACUAUUGAGGAAGACCCUGAGUACAGAACGUUUGACGACAUGAAGCACGACUUCGAGGGAAUCCACUCCUAUGUCCUGGUCCAAUCAACUGUUUUGCCAGAGAACCUGCCAGAAGUCUAUGUGGAGGGCAUUAACCACAUAAAGAACGAUCAGGAUGGGGACAGCGAGGAAGACCACGAUGAUGACCGAGACAGCAGAGGAAGAGAUGACAGCAGUGAGGAGGAUAGCAGUGAAGAACAUGGCGGCCGUGGCUUCCCAAGGGAGCUGAAAAUCAGAGUCUACAACCACACAGUGGUGUUUAAGAAGAACAGAAAAGUCUACGUGGACGGUGUUAGGUCUCGCCCUCCAGUGUCUCCAACCACGGGGCUCAAGGUCCUCCAGCGCUCCUCUCGCAUCUACCUCAAAACAGACUUUGGCUUCUCUGUGGAAUUUAAUGGAAUUGACAAAACUGAGAUUAUCCUGCCACACACAUACAAGAGGAGAGUGGGAGGACUGUGUGGGAACUUCGACGGCAGGAAAAAGAAUGACAUGAUGAAGCCAGACGGCAGCCAGGCCAAACACGUAAAGGAGUUCGGAGAGAGUUGGAGAGUGACUGAGGAGAGGCUGAAAAUCAGAUGGAGGCGGUCAGCAAGACGUGGUUUGUCUCGACCUUGAGAGAACAUCUCCACAACGUCAUGGAUUUUACACUUUUUUUUUUAUUUCCAACAAAAUGUCAUAUCUAGGCUGUAGAUGUCAGUCACACACCUAUACUUACACUAGUGCUCUCUUUUCACUCUGUUUUUUAUAGACCCAGUUUAUGUUUUUUAUAUAUUUUCUUUUAGGACUGUAUUAGAUGCAUUAUAUAGUCAAUUAGAUUAAUUCUAUACAUUAUAUUAGAUACAUCAUAUUAGUUGUAGAUGCUUUAUAUAAAAGUAUUAUUGUCAAAUCAAAUUGUCUUCAGAAUGUUCUGUGUUCGGUGGAUAACAGCGGAGUGGUGGUCGUAGUUUAAAUGCGUAGGCCUAUUUUAUAGAUCUUCAGGAGGUAGCGAAAUUAACAAACAAAAAUGUAUGUUGGCCUGUAUAAACCGAAAGGCAAAUUGAAACCCUGUUUGGGACACAUGCCUCCAAUUUGAUUUAUUGUACUUACCUUUUGCGAGUCCAAUAAUUUCAGAAUUAAAUACAUCAUGUUAGAGGCUUUAGAUACAUUAUAUAAAAGUAUUAUUGUCAAAUCAAAUUGUCUUCAGAAUGUUCUCUGAAUUGCUACAGUUUGUAAAAUGGUGUCUGUAUUACUGUAAUGCGGACCAUUUAGCAUCAUGAAUAUUAAACAUUUGUUCAAGCAGAA